CAGACUCACAGACGCACAAACAAACACAGACAGACUGACAGCAGGACAGCAGCAUGGAGGUGGUGUGAGGCAUCUGGGAGAUAGAAAACAGCAACGAGAAGGAUCGUUUUGCUGAAGAUGGAGUCCAACCCACUGAUUAACGCGAUGGACCCGUCCAUCACGCUGUGGCAGUUCCUGCUUCAUCUGUUGGAGGACCAGCGGCAGCGUCACCUGAUCUCCUGGACAAGUGAGGACGGCGAGUUCAAGCUGCUAGACGCCGAGGAGGUGGCCCGCCUGUGGGGGCUCCGCAAGAACAAGCACAACAUGAACUACGACAAACUGAGCCGGGCACUGAGAUACUACUACGACAAGAAUAUCAUAAAGAAGGUGAGCGGCCAGAAGUUUGUCUAUAAGUUUGUAAGUCAGCCUGACCCCUCCCUCCCCGAUGGGAUACGCAGUAUAGAGGAGGGCCAGAGGAGGGACGUCAGCGACUCAAACAACCAAUCAAAAAGCCUUGGGGGCGUGGCACCAACUUGUCCGACAAAGGGCUUGCCCCAGCGCUCAUCACCCAGCAGCUCCCAGAAGAGCUCCAGAAACGACUACAUGAAGUCCGGCCUCUACUCCACCUUCACCAUCCAAUCCCUGCAGGCCUCACCCAAUCCACGGCCAAUCAAAUCAGAGCUCCUCCUGCAACAAGAGCCUGUCCCCAAGGUUGAUCGCACACUGAGAGAGGUGUGUGUGUUACCGGAGUCUAAAUCCUCUCCGUCCGUGGGGAGCGCUGCGGACUCUGUUCUCCAGGUGAUCGUCACUCAGACGUCUCCCUGUCCGACCCCGGCUCUCAGCCCACAGAUACCAGCCAACUCCAAUGGCCAAUCACAGAAUCCUCCUGCUGCUCCGCUGAGCGACCCUCCCCAGAUUUAUCUCACCAACAUGGGGGACCCGUCCGCCCUCAUCACUCUCGGAGGGGGCACGGUGAGCCCUGUCCCCCCUCCUCAUGUCUCAAUGGGAACACAGGGCCCACAGCAGGAGGAUUGUGGGGGCCUUACCAACCCCACCAACUUCCCCUCUCACCACCCGCAUGCUGCUCCUCAUCAGUCUCACCCUGCCCCUGUGUUCGUUAUUAUCAACCCACCUCCCAAUCAGCAGCAGCAACAGGUGCCGAUGACGACUGCUGCUCCUCCUCCCUCUGUCGCUCUUCCUCCCACCGCCCGUCCUCCACCCAUCGUCAUCAAGGAGGAGAAUCUGCCGUCAGAGCAGGAGCUGCUGGAGAUGGUGACACUGGAUGGGAAACAGGUGGAGGAGGUUCCUCAGCUGAUCUGUGACUCGGGAGAGCCAGAGCCUCCCCCCACCAUUGUGGAAAGCCCGCCCCCGCCCUGCAUUGAUGCCGGGGUUGGAGUUCAGCAGCCAGCAGAGGAGGGGAGGACAGAGGGUGAGGGCCAGGACACGCUAACAGAUCCAGUCAUCCCCCCGGUGACGACGUCCUCGCCGGUGACCUCUCCAGCGGCUUCAUCCUCGGACGCCGUUCCUCCGAAACAAAAGAAGCCACGAGGCCUGGAGCUGCCCUCCUCUCCCUCCCUGCCCCCCGGCCUCUCCCUCGAUAAGGUGAAUGCAGCAGUUAACAGUUUAUUGGCUCCUGGAUCAGCGACCAACACGCUCACCCCGACUGUCAUCACCUCUCACGCUCUGACUCCGGUCCUGUUGACUCCCAGCCCUCUUCCCUCCACCAUCCACUUCUGGAGCACGCUCAGUCCCAUCGCUCCUCGAUCGCCAGCUAAACUUUCCUUCCAGUUUCCCUCUAACGGCAGUAAUCAGAUCCACAUCCCGGCUCUGAGCGUCGACGGCCUCUCCACCCCCGUGGUCCUCUCCCCGGGGCCCCAGAAGCCCUGAGCUCCCCGCCCGCCUGAAGCAGCUCUUCACCGGGCACAACCUCGCCCAAUGAUCUCCUCAACUCCUGGAGGGUUGGAGGAAAAGCCGGAUCUGCACUGACUCUGAAAUGCAUCACUAAAAACCCGACGCCAUGAGAAGUUUAGGCUGCAUCGGCUGACUCUUUUUGGUAGGUGUCAUGGUUUGUGUGGGCCUUUCACUGGUGGACGCGUUCACAGCCGAAGAUCAGUCAGACCCUCCGCUGGUUCUUACACUUUCCAACAGGUGGGAAUCUGCGCUUUGUCCUCCUUCCACCUUCCUGUUUCUUUCAUAGCUUUGUACUCAAACACUAUGACAGCGGGGUUUCGAGAGAACCAGAUGCUUCUCUCGACUUGAACCCGACACGAGGACAUAAACGGCAACUAAAGGCCACGAGAAGACGGAGGGAUGUUUUUCUCUUUUUCUACUGGUGUUUUUUAAACCUGUCGUUGGAUUUCUUUCUAUAAUAUUGUGAGGUCUUUACCUUGCGAUGCAAAAGUGCUCUGACGUGACUGUUGUCAAAUAAAACAGCUUAACCUUGAAGAUGGCUUUUAUAGCCAGUCUGCUUACUGAAAACUGACAGCAAACAAAUGUCUGUUUUCAAAUGGUUUCUUCAGUGUGUGACGGAGGGGAACCGGAGAAAAGCUGGAGCCUUCUCUUAUUUGAGUUUUUACUAAACAGAAGAUUUGACUUGACGUUUUCUGGGAGUAACUGAUCGCGGACUGGAAGGAGGGAACGUUCACAUGUUUGUGUGUAAAAGGAUCUGCAGUUCCUCAUAAUCUCACAUUUUUUCUGAUGGGAUCUUUUGUUUUUUAAAUUCGAGGUUAUUUAUUUCUGUCUUGUUUUCAAUGCACCUUUCUCUGCAGAUUCCUUAAAGGUUCUUGACUGUUUUUAAAACAGUCUCAUCUUUUUUUCCCUCAUUUUUUAAGCUACCAGGCGACUCUCUCCCAGUUGGAAUUUAAUUUCAGCACCAACACUGACAUUUUAUAAACUCACCUUCUGCUGGAUUUCGUCAGAAACGACUUUCAGAGCCAUUUAAGGGUUGUUGCUUUGCUCUUACUGGCCGAUUUUAAAGGUCACGCCUUUCUCUGGUUCUGCAUGGCCUGUUUUUUUAUUUUUGGUUGUUUGUUUGUUUUGUUUCGAGUGGACUCCUCAGCAGCAUUUCGAACUGACCAAUCACAAAGGAUGAAGAUGACGGUGGACCUGAGGUUUUUCAAAGCCAAGUUCUUUCUCUAUAAAAGUGUCUAAAUGUGACAGAUUGUAUAUUUUCUCACAGAGUUUAAUGUCCAAACUGAACUGAAGUGUCUGUCAGACUUGAUUUAAAGGUUUUACCGAGGACAGAGUCACAUUCCUUUGGUUUUUAAAACAGUGAUAGAUGAGUUUGCGUUACUUAUUAACAACUGCUUAUUGUUUGAAUCUCAGCAGUCAUUCCAGAGAUUUUAUUUGAGCAGCUCUGAAAAAUAAAUGUUUUGUUCCAAAAGCCUUGGAACAAAUCUGCAGUCAUGUUGCCACAAGUUGAAAGAGUCGCAUUUAUUCUCCUUUCACUGAGAGUGUAGGAUAGCCUUUAAUAUAUUGAAAGCUUUUUCCGUGCAAAAACCAACAACAAAGGACCGAGUUUAAUGACACACAUUAUGAUUGAAACAUUUCAAAUAAUUUGAUCAAUUUGUGUUUAAUAAAGCACCAAAAACCAUGAAAAACAUAAAUUCUCUAAAGGCAUUAGAAAAGCAUCAGAUGGUCUUUAGUGUCAACCUUGGAACAAGAUGACUAAGAAAAUGUUUUUUUUCCUUUAUGGCUUAAACGCGUAUUUAAUUGGAUCUCUGAAGACAUCCUUGAUGGCAGGGGCUGAUUUAUCUGUUUAUCUGUGUGUGAAAAAAAAUUUAGUUCUCUGAAAUUUAAAUAAAAACGAAACUUUCAGAUAAAAUACAAAUACACAGGAAGUGGCUCUAACUUUAGUCUUUGUCAGUUUGGUAAAAUUUGCUCUCAGAGUUGAACUUAAACUCCUCGAGGUCAUAAAUAAUCGGACCACAUCAAAUGUCAACGACCUCGUAGUACCAUGUAAUCCCAUCACAACACCUUACUCUCAGACUGCUGGCUUACUUCUGUUUACUGAGUUUCUAAAAUUUAGAGUGAGAGGCACAGCCUUUGGUGUUCAGGCUAAUCUCCACUUUCAGACUCUCUCAGCUUUGCUGCUGUAGGCUCAGCCUUCUGGAGGACUUCCCAUGAUGCACUGAGAGUUCCUUCUCCUCUCCCACCUCUUCACUCCCUGCUGCAGAUCGCAACGUUUUCUUUCUUGAUUCUAGGGUGACGUAUACGUCUGCCCCUCCCUCAGCCUGGUGCUUCUGGGGAUCUCUUCAUGUUUAAAAAGAAAAAAGUUCUUUCUGCCCUCUGUGUUGCACACAGGGGAUCAGCUGAUUGUUGGGGUUUUCUCUUCAACCCCGUAGACUCUUUUUGAUUUAAUUCCAAUUAAAUUAAAUUAAAUAAAUUUGAAUGAAAAAGGAAGAAAUGAAACCUUUAAAAACUAACAACUAACACUAAACACUUUCAUUGAUUUAAAAACUAAACUCAAACAAACUAAAAUUGAACUGAAACCUGAUUAACGAUAAAACAUAACUGUGUUAAAUGUUGUCCCGUCAGUUCUUACAGUUGGAUUUGAGAUUAUUCAAAGAUGAGCAUCCUCUAAUCUUCAGGGCACCGCAGUGAUUUUUAUCCACUUAAGAACUUUAAAAGAUCAAAACUCUGCAGAACAAAGUAUCAGAUAAUCACAGUUUUAAACAUUUUUUAAAUCCUUGCUGGUAAAGUUUGAUAAUUUUAGGUUGUGAGACAUGCGGUCGUAUGUUUUGUUCUCUCAGCGUCGGCUAUGAAGCAUAUGAGUUUUACUGUACAUGAUUUACAAACAACUAGGAGGCUUCAUGCAUUAGAACAAUGAUUAGUUGGAUUUUGUUCAGUCUUUAGUUUUGUUUACGGACCUUUUCCACUAAUACCUGCUCGGCUCGGUUUUCAGGGUUUCCCAUUAGGUGGUAGUACCUGGUACCUGCUCCAUUGGGCUUCUGAAUGGUCCUAAAAUGUGACUGCAUGUCAACAGACAGCAUGCAGCAGAUGGGCCAGUCAGUGGCGUCCCUCGAUGUGUCAUGAGAGCAAGUCCUUUACAAAAUUCCAAACCGCCAUUUUUGAAAUCCGGCAGUGAGGGAAAGUGGCUCCACACAAACCAACACCGUGAUCCGGUGAUGAGGUGCAGACACUUGGCAUCGGUUUGGCAGCAGGUAUACCAGCGCUUCGAUAUCCUCCACUGUUGUGUUGUGGCGCAUACGAAUGACAUCACAGGAAUUUUGGCGGUGUUGCCACAGCAACCCCAAGGACACUGAUGCGGUUGUAUUAUAAUAGAAAACGACUGAAACAGAGUCGAGCCGAGCAGAUCAGACUGGAUACUUGGUUCUCUCCGAUGACCUGGAGUUUCGCUUGAUUUACACGAACAUGUGAUUUUUUUUAAAGCGUGUUUGACGGGAACUUGUGGCAACAUCGAAAACCUGCAGAGACAAAAAAAAUGUUUUGUUUGUUGGUUUGUUUCCCCCAAAAUUGUAGACAGACACUGACUCAUGUUCCUCUAAAAAAAAAAAAAAACCCAGACUGUUGAUGUUGUUGUUGUUGUUCGUGUUAUUUCUAAUGCUAGCUGUGGUUGCCACGGUAACCUGACCCGACUGUUGCCGCCCUGCAGGUUGCUGUUGUCAUUGCUGUUGUUAUCGUUGUUGCUGCUGGAGCUGUUAACGUGUUUCUAUGCUUCUGUGUGUGACGCCAAGGCUGCAGACACACACACACACACACACACACGCACGCACAAUGCAAUCUUUGUGAGGAUUCAUUGGAGGGGUCGGUCCGUCCAUGCUAACUCAAGCUUUGCUCAGUUACUCGCUGUGAUGUUGCUACUGCUGGCACAUCUUGCGCUCUGGCUCGUUGCGCACUUACACAUCUUUAUCACAUAAAUAAGAUCAUCUGCCGCGUUUGCAUCAAGGGUGAGGAGGACGCUCGGGCAUAGAUACCCAGAAGGUGCAGAACAUGCUCCAAGAAAACAGAAGUUAACGAAAACUUGUGUUCAUAUUUGAAUUACGCCUUUCUCCAAAUUCAUAACAUUACGUUUCGGUAUUUCAGUGACAUUUCUCUUAAGAUUACAGUUUAGGGUGCACUGCUGUGCCGACCACGCCACAAAUUACUGCAGCAUCACUGCUGUGCUUUUUACCAGCAGCAUGGUGUCAUUACCAAAUCUGUAACUACCUGUUUCUACUUGAAAAGUAUGAUGGGGGAAAGAAAAUACUGCACUAACUGAGCUAAGAGAUUUUUGGUGGCAAAGGUGGGCCCACUGGUGGUAGUCUCUAUGGGAAGGGCUGCCAAAAGAACUGCACAGUCAUCCAUAUUUCUUCUGUACAAUACUAUGCUUUGGGUUGCAGACCGGUUCAGAAAAAGGCAAGAAAGCGGAAGUGGCUUUGCUCCAACAGUGUUUAAAGUUCAACAGACAAGUUGGAGAAAUUUAGGCAGGCAUUGAAGCGCAGCAGGAGCUGCACUUUUCUGCACUUCCACUAAUGGCCAAAGUGAGUCAGUCGCUAUUGACUCUCAUGUUCAAAUGUCCAACUUAGGUAAAAUGGUCUUUGCACCCUACAAAAUAUUAUUGAGAAAAAUGUAAUUUGUUUUGAUUUGACAGAUGUUCCCCUCUGCUAGUUGUAGAACUGGACCUGUCUUGUGUGUGCUGUUGGCACUUUUUGGAUUAUUUUUUAAUGGAAAAAUGUGUCUUUGUUUACAGUCAAAUGUAUGGCAGCAAGUAUCAAGUACCUAAGCUUUUAGGUUCAAGGUUGGUUGAGCUAAGAGCAGUGCAGUGUCUGCAGUGAGGUUCAGGCUGAGGACAGGGGCGCUCUGGAUUUGGACAGAUGGUUCAUAGAUGAGAGGAAAAGCCCGACUACCCAACCUUUCAAAGGUGGGUCCUCACAAGGUUGACCCUCUAUUUGGUUCCCACAAAGAUAGCUGUGCAAGCACGCGCACACACACACACACACACACACACACACACACAGCUGGAGCGUCAGGGACUGAGUGAAGCUCGUAUUCAGUGUUUCCACCUUCACUGAGGUUAUUCUGCAACUCGUUAAAUACCUGAAACAUCUUUCUUUACUACUUAAUUUUUUUACAAUGUGAAGUUUAAAAAGGAACAAAAAAUCUGAUUCAAGAUAGAGGUUCUAGUUUUCUCUACCUGAUCCAAGCUGGAACCAUCCUUCAUCAGCUCCUCUGAAUUCAGCCUCAGAUCGGUCCCUGACGGUGGGAUUUCCCAGCCUUUGCGGCGACGUAAACGCAGCACCAAGCCAUCGUGUUCGACUGUUCUCUCUUUACAGCAUGACUCUAUUUUUCUAUCAGAGAUGAUGUGUUUAUAUUGCGUAUAAGAUUUAAAGAGUGAUGAAGCCUUAAAGAUUUCAGCUGCAGCAGAAGAAAGAUGCAUCCUCAUUUAAAAAAAGAAAGAAAGAAAAAAGAUACUACCUGUUGUGUAUCUUUCUUUCAGAGCAUGAUGAUGAAAAAUAAGCCAUUUAUUACCAUUUAUAACUUUGUGUAUCGGGUUUUGGACGCAGGGUUUGAGUCCGACAUGUUUAACUUCAAGCUAACCUUUCUCUCACCAGCAGAACAUGACGAAUGUCUUUAUAUCGAUUAGAAACUGCUUUGCAUUCUGGGUAAUGUCCAGAUUUCUGUUUUUGAAACUCAUCACCAUCUGAGCGAACUUGACGAGGGGUCUGCUUUGCAAACGCUGCCUGUAUGCAGAUGAAAGAUGCUUGCAAAGUGACAUUUGAGGAAAUACUUCACCUGCAGGCCUUUAAGUCUUAAAACAAUAUUUUCAGACGUCUUUAAUUCACAGAAGUCUUAAACUGUCUCUCUCGAAUGUGAAUCACUGAAAGGAAAGCACGUUAUGGAAGAGGCAAAGCAAACCCCUGCCUCCAGUUACACAAGGCAUCUUUUCACUGUAGGGGCAAAGUGUUGUAAAGGUAUCUGCCUUAACAAAGUUCUUGGGUGCUUUCUCCAGGUUUAAAGAAUCAGAAUCGAAGCCGCUCAGCGGUUCCUACCCCGAAAGGGUUUCUGUAGAGUUGGUUCCUGAGAUCUGAACAUGCGAAGAUUGAAAGCCAAAACAGCCGGCUGGUUCCUGCAGUCAAAGGCGGUCUGUGGACAUGUACUCAGGAUUUGGUGAUGAGUUUCACUUCAUAAACAUCAUCAGUUAGAUUUUCUGCUCUGGUUUCUUGACAUUUAUAAAGGAAGCCGUUCCUUAAAUCCAGUGAGGAACAUCUGUUGUUCCUGAGCUUUCUGUCUGUUCACUUGAGGUCUGGAGUUUUCUCAGUGGUUUUCAUCUCAUAAACCAAAAGUUGUUUGGGUUUUUCACGUUGACGUCCAAAGCCUGGACAGACUUUGCUGCCGGUCAUUCUGCAUUUGAGCGUACCGUCCAGCUGCACUUCAGAAACUGUUCGUGUGCAAACCAGCUCAGUGCAACUUAAUGAAUCUUUGUCUUACUGUAACACUGUUUAGAAUUAUAGUAACUUUGAUAUGGUAAUACAUCUAAUGUAUGACUUGUUCAAUGACAAAACAUAACAUGAAAAAUGAAUAAAUAUUCACGCCUCUUUUAAGACAGUGAUUUCUUUUUAUAACUAAUAUUUAUAAUCUGCUUCCUGUUAUCAUAUGUAUGUAUCUGCUUUACUUUUUAGUAAUUUAAAUAUGAAAUAGGUCAUUCAUGCUAGGAAGUAUGAGCAGCUUCUUGUUAUAAUGACAAAGAUAGAAUAAAAGUUAAAAAAGGCGUAAAAAGAGAAAUUAAAUGAUGACUGUUCUGGUUUUCACCGGGAAGAGUUUCUUGUUAUAACAACAACUGCCUCCUUAUGUCAAAGGUUUGUGGAAAAUGACUAGAAUUUAAGCUUAAAAUCUUUCUUGCCAGAAAAGUUUAACAUUAUGCAAAUAUUAAAAUUUUUAAAUGCUGUCAUUCAGUUACUUUUUUUUAAUUUUGCAAUUUUGAAUUAACAUUUGCACGUCUGUCGAGCGGUUUCAUCCUUUGGUUAUUGAGCCUUAAUUGCACAGUUUAAAUUUCUAGUCUUGAGGGCAAAACUAGCAAUUUAAACUUGGAGAAAGAGUACUGACCCAUGAUCCUUUGCAGCAGAAUGACAGACAGAAAGCUCCGGAAGCCGAUGGCUGACGCGCCUCCUAAUUGUAAAGAGGUUUUCUGUCCACAGUUUGUGUGGAAAUCUUCACUGUAUAUAGACACGAAAUAUAAUCUGAACAUAUGAAUUUGCUAUAUAUUCUGUACCAUGUGACAGGCCUGACCAAUGGGCUGGGGGUUGUUAAUGACGUGUUGUUCCUGUGGCCUGUCGUUGCUGUCAGAUCCUGCGUGGCCCCUCCCCUCCUCGGCUGUGAUUGGCCAUGGAGUUUAUUGAUGUAAAGUGGUGGGGCCUGCUUUUAUUUUUCUGAGAGAGUUCUACAUGUUUAACAUGUUAUUUACUGGAACCAUUUAAAAGAAAAGCUAUUUUUUAUGGACGUGACUUUAGUUUUUGUUGGUGUACCAUGUUAUGCUGAUGAUUCCUCUUGUUUUCUACAAACACACAUGCACACACACUGGGAGGACGGUAAUAAAACUAUUUUGUCCUGUA